AAAUAUUAUCAUGAUUUCCACUUUACAUUGUAUAUUGUUCACUUUGUUAUUGCAGAAUAUUAUCUCAUUAAAAUAACAAACAAAAACUGGGUUUUUCCCAAAUAUGGGAACAAACCUGUUCUUACCCAAUUGGCUGUGAUUCCUGAGGAUGGAGCAAAAUUUUGCUGAUGUGGAACUUCUCAUUCUUUUACUUUUGGUAUGAGAUUCCUAAUGUCAUUCCUUUUUUGUGGUUUUUUUCUGCAAAGCUGCCAUUUUGUUCUAAAAAUGCAUUUUUAUUGCAAGAAAAUGGGUAAAGAACAAUAGCAUCUUGAGGCAUGAACUUCCUCUCUCAACUAACUGUCAUUGUUCAAAUUGCAUUCUGAAAAACACAAGCCAUGCACCUUCUUCAAAUGGCUAAAACCUGCUUGUCCUGCUAUAAAUUCACCAAAAAUCUCAGUAAUUUAUUCAGUAUCUGCACUUCAAAUACACAUUGAGCUUCUGAUCUACAAUGGCUCCCUGGUUUUUCGUUCUUCUCUUCUUAGUCGCAAAAGCUCAGGCUACAACGAUCAACCAAACCGACCUGCAGGUAGCCAUGGACGAGAUGAGAUUGAAAUCUUACCAUGGCUUUGUCAUACUACUCAAUAUCUUAAACAGCUCCCAUAAAACCUUGCAAAACUCAGAUAUAACCUUCUUCAUGCCCAACGAUCAGGAACUUUCUCUAGCUGCAAUCUCACCAGACGGACUAGAAGAUUUUGUUCUAAGCCAUUCUGUUCCCACAGCAUUACUGCUCAACAAUCUUUUACACUUCCCAAAUGGCAGCUUGGUUCCAUCAAGCAUCCCAAACAGAAUGAUCAGCAUAACCAACUGCAGAAAGAUGGGCGUGUGUGUGAACAAUGCACGAAUUGUUACCCCAAACGUGUGCUUAACCUCAUCCAUAAGAUGUCAUGGCAUAAGCUCAACUAUCACAUAUGAUAAAACUUCCAUUUCAGAUACUUUACCAGCCAAGCAGAGUUCAGCUGAAACUAUAGUUCAGCGGAACGAAAAGAAAGCAGCAAAAUCUUUACAGUCAGCAGCAAUGAAGAAGAACCGUCCAUUGCACUGAAUCCAUCCACCUCCCAUCAACAUAGCUU